AUGGUACCCAUUGUUCAUAUCAUCGAUCCGGAUCCGGAUACAGUCAUUGUGCUCAAGAAUCCGUGUACGAUCUUCGCGCGCUGGAAGCCGGAACUAGGACAGCAGCCAAACGAUGCCGACGACUGGGGUUCAACUGCAAGGAGGAUUAUCAAGAAAACGAAGAAGAAGGGGAAGAAGGGUUCGACACCUGCUCCAUCCCUACCUCCUGAACUUCUGUCCGCCGAGAUCCCUGAAGACAGCAGUAUGCUUCCUUUGGAUAACGGGUCUACCGCGCCUGCGGAGGCUUCAUCUGCCACGCAGCACACGCCGCCAUCAACUGCACCGGAAGAGCCUGGAGAGCUUGAAGAGCAGUCCAUACACUACCAUGUGUCCUCGCGUCACUUGAUGCUCGCAUCCUCCACAUUCAAGCGGAUGUUGGCACAAGACGGCUUCGCCGAAUCCGUACGCAACGAAGCCGAUGGCCUUUACCACAUAGCGGCUAGCGAUUGGGACCCCGAAGCAUUCCUCAUUGUCUUGCGGAUUAUCCAUGGACGCAACAAACAGGUUCCACGUGACAUAUCGCUCGAAAUGAUGGCUAAAAUCGCUGUUCUGGAGGACUACUACAACUUCGGAGAAUCUCUCUGCCUGUUCACUGAAAAACCUGGUGUUAUGGGUUUGGGUCGCAUGGGUUUUCAAUCUUGA